UACUUUAUAUUUUAACUGUUUCUACUGCGUAUUCCUGUUUUACUGAGCGGGCAUAAAAAGGGCUAACACAUUAAUGAUGAAAGAUGAAAUAACCCACUUUCUUUAAAUCGGACCUUUAAACAUGGAUAUGUCACCAAACCAGAAUGGAGUACAUACAGUUGUUGACGGUAGUAACUCUCGUGAGUCUAGGUCAGACGACCACUUCAUGUUCUGACAACCAAGUUUAUCACUCAAAUGGGAAAUGUUGUCAAUACGUACGCUGUGAACCCCAGCACUUUGUGAAAGUCUGUGAGAAGAACGGAGAAGCAGAUGUCUGCCAACCUUGUCCCGAGGAUACCUACCUUGAUGAUCGCACGGACAGCAACUUCAUAUUUGACUGUCUAGAGAAAAACUGUGGUGAAGGUAUCUACGAUUAUAAUUUAAAGCAAAAUGAGCUGCAUUUUUGA